AGGUUGUUUGGACGUCCUUGUCUGCUGGCAGCUCAGACAGAGCGGCAUACUCGACGACCUUUCCAUAUAUUCCCGUGUCGUCGUUCGUGGAUCAUUUAGAGGUUGAAUCUAAACGAACUCAGUUCGUAAAACCAUCAUCGCCAUGGCAGGUACAGAGUCAUCCAAGAGACCCCGACUGUCUCUUCAAACCAAACCUUCGCCAGGACCGAGCAGGUCGAAAGCUACCUUACCUAAUAUCAAUCCUAAAUCACCGACGGCUUUCAAUACUCUCACCAACUUAUAUGUCACUGCUAUUGAGAGGUCGACACCGACCCAGUCGACUCCUUUAACAGCUAUCAAUCUUCUUCAACCAUUAAAGCUCCAAACCGACCCUGAAUCUCUCGGGGCCCACAAACCGAGGGCAGAGACACCUUACACCGCAGCGUUGCCGGAUACUCCUCUGUCUGCUAAUCCUGUCUCGCCGGCUCAGCAGAUGGACGUGGUAUUUCCAAGUACCAUGACAUCAACCCCUCCGUUGUCUGCUGGGGCCGUCGAGUCAUCUAAUAAUUACACAUUCACACCUACCGAGGUGAAUAAACAGGAGCCUCUAUAUUCUCCUGCUCAAACUCGGCGUCGAGUGAUUUAUGCACCCUUUGCAUCUCCCGCAAAAGCGCCAUAUAGCCGCGAUAAGUCUCUUCAUAGCAUAUUACGUAACUCACCUCUACCACCUCCAAGUGCCAUAUCACCUAUAUCCCAGCGGAGGCAGUCCCGUCGACUACAGGAAAAUGCGGCCAGGCACGUAGGAUACGUAUCUCCGCUGACACAGACUAUUACGACUGAGAAGUACAUUAAGUCCCAUGUUGAACUCCUCGGAGACGAUGCAUCUCCCUAUACGCCUUCGCCAGCUGCGGAGGACUCCGACAUGAUACUUGAUCUUGCAUUGGCAUAUACGGGGGAUGAAACACGUGAUGGCGGGGAGACACCUGGGCCUUUUGAGGAAAUGCGGAGGCGUAUGACGGGAUUAGGCACAGAAACGCCGAUUCACUCGCCAAGACCAGACGGAAUCCGUAAGCGCAAGAGAAAGGAGAAGAGGCGAAAGUGGGUUUGGACCAUCGGCCAGGAUGACGAGGAAAAUGAGAGCGGUGCUAUAGCUGCUCUCAAGGCUGCCGCAGAAGCAUCUACCCCUAGGUCCUCGGCGCCACUGUCUCUCUCUGUACCUGUGGCUAGACAUGCGAAAGCAACCACGUCGGAACCACUGACAGCGGUUCAAAUUAGCUUUGAGUCUGCAGAAUCAAGUUCAGACCUGGCAAGGGAUGGGAUGGAUGUCGAGAUGUCUGACGCAAGUAGUAUAUCGUCGAGCAGAGCUACUACGCCUCCCGAUAUCGAAUUGGAAAUGAAGAUACCAACGGCAGCUAUGCUCAAUACGACCUUACCGAAAGUAGAAAACCUUGGGGCCGUAGACCCAGUCAACCCCGAGACGGGAAGUAGGAGGGAUAUACCAAUACCGCCUGAUUUGGUGAGCAACGAGCAGUCGUAAUUCGCGAAGUCAAAAGAUAUAGAGGUAUCUAGCUGUUGGUGAAGAUUGGUUAUAGGCCAGCCCUAAGCCAGAGGAUCGGUAUGGAACUAUAGCAUGGGAGAAUGGAGGGGAUUAAACGCAUACCGCAAGGAAUACGUGCGCAUUGGGCGGCCUGAUUGAAUCAGCAUAGGCGUUUUUCGAUACC